AUGCCUUUCCAUAAGGUCAAGAAUCAAUAUUUUGCUGCAAGACAAGGAGAAAUUAUCACACGGAACCCGCGGAAGAGCUCGCCAAAUAUCACCCUCAACUCUCAUAACAUCACAAGCAGAACUGAACUACGCAUAGCAGCAGUGUGGGGCGUUAUGCUCCAGCUAGGACUCAUUGCAUACGCCGGAUAUUCCGUAUAUGACCCAUCACUAGGUUUUCUUAAGGAUGGAGAACCGGUCGCCCAGUAUGCGUUCCCAUGCCAUUGGGCGGGGACGCUUCUGCUGGUUGUUGGUCUUCUCCUUUGCGGCCAAGUUGUCCAGAGUAGCACUAUCGAAGAGGUAUUUCGGCCCUCUCGUAAAUUGACGGCGCAGUUGGUCUGGCUACAGCAAACCAAAACCGUCAGUGAUCAGGUUUUCGACUCAUUCGCAAUCUAUGCGAAAACCAAACGGCCUUUCAUAAUAACAUCGGAACGGAGGCGCGAUGAGAGAAAGCCUCCAGCGCCUUCCUUGGAUCAGGAAGUCAUGCCAGCAAUCACUCCCGUGAACGAGAAACCUGGGAUCUCCAUCGAAAUGGAAAAUAGCAUUGGAACAGUCGUCAGUCUGUGUGGAUACAUCGUCCAGUUCUGUGGCAUGCGUGGGCUACACUGGUCAGUAUCGAUUGCACAGCCCGGCGCUAUCGUUGGCUGCUUUAAGGGCCUGGGUCAGGCGGGGUCUUGCAAAUCCACCAUAAUCUCUUCAAACUCGGCCUGGCUUCGAAUUCGAUCGGUUUGCAACGACUUUUGCAGACAUUCCGAAUAG